UAACAUUCGGUCUCAAUGCCUAAUACAUGCUGUGUUAUCUUUAUCUAAUUUCUUAUCCUCAUAAUCAUCAACUAGAAAUUAGGUCUUGGGCACAUUGUGAUUCAGAAGCAACCUUCAACUCUGCGACUGAACGACUUGCAGGCCUAUUCAUAAUGAUUAUUAUUAGUGUUUGUAAAUCUUAGGGAAAUGUGUUAUUCCUAUGUUCCCUCUUGUUUUUAUUUCGAGAUGGUAAAACAGUCAUAUACACGAUUCAUAUAUUGCUUGCGUGGUAUCUGUGAUGUUCGUAUUGACAUUGUCGUCUAGGCGUUGAUGCGCUACGGUUCAUAUUUGUGAAAGUGGAAACGAUAAACGUUCAAUUGUUUCAAAUAUUUCAGUGCACUAUUGAUGAAAUGGCUUGGCUUGAAGCAUUGGGAAAAACGUCUGGUUUAAUACUUAGAAGUUUACUGGGACAAGAAUCAAACCCUAAUAAAGUUUUGGUUGUCCAACCAGAACAGUAUAGCGAUACACUUGUUCACUGCCGAGAAGAUGCACUUAUUUUGUAUGGCCCUAGGAUAGCGAAGUCUUCGAAGGAGAAAUACGAAAUUGUUCUUCAGAGGCCUUGUACUGAAACUUUCGAGCAAGCUUUCAGCUUAUAUCGUUCAAAUGACCUUCAAGAAGUGGAAAUUAAAUUUUUACAAUUGAAGGAGAAAGUACCAGUUCUUGUUGGAAUUUCACAAGAGGUUUGUAAUUUGGGUGGAAUCCAGAAACUAUGUGAUGCCUUGCAGGAGAACCCUACAUGGACAGUGACACAUUUGGCUUCGUACUUGUCACUUCAUGACACCUUUCAGUAUCCUGUUAUCGCAAGCAAUCUUAAUUCAGCAGAUCUUAACACUGGCAUAUCUCCAUUGCAAGUAGCCAUCAAGACAGGCAGUCUUCGAACUGUUCAGGCCCUCUUGAGUGCCAAAGCUUCACUGGAUCAUCUUGAUUAUGAGGCCAACUCUGUGUUCCAUUAUGCUGCCAGCACCAACACUGAGAUAAUUUUGGCACUGAGUGCGGAGUCCCCCAAAUGCCUGAACUGUCAGAAUUCAAAUGGACACACGCCGUUGCAUGUGGCAUGCCUGGCAGAUAAGCCGGAGUGCGUGAAGGCUCUCCUGGUUGCUGGAGCAGAUGUGAAUAUUUCUGCCUCUCAAGCAAGUGUACAUUCCCCCUCAUCAUCUACUGUGUCCCCAGGAUUUGUGGAUUUCCUGCAUGAAAAGUCCAACAAAUUGCAUACUCAGGAUAUGAAAUUUGGUGGCACGCCUCUCCAUUGGUCAUGCUCAAGAGAGGUAAUUGAAACUCUUAUAAAUAUGGGAUGUGAUAUAAAUUCACGCAAUUUUGAUGGACGUACAGCUCUUCACAUCAUGGUAGUGAGGAGUCGUCUGGAGUGUGUUGUAGCCCUGCUAAGUCAUGAAGCAAAUCCCAACAUCAGUGAUCACGAUGGCAACACACCGCUCCACCUGGCAGUUACACAAGGGAGUUUUGCUAUUGUUCAGGCCCUUGUUGUAUUUGGAGCAGAUGUUAGUUACAGGAACAAUGGAGGGGCAACUCCUCGUCAUGGUAUAGUGCUUGGAUCUGAUGGUGAUAGGAUCCUGUAUGUUCUGCAUGCUGUUGGAGCUCCAAGAUGUUCGCUUGACACACAGGGCUGCAAUCCAGGAUGUGAAGGUUCCUCAAACAAUUAUAAUGGCAUUCCUCCAGCUGUUCCUCCCUCCUUAGAGUCACGUGAGAUUUUGAACCAAAUGCUGUCUGUUGCUGGCAUGAACGUUGCAGCCACCAGUGGUACAACUGGGAAGCGUACAAAGGGAGGACGCCUGCUCUGCCUAGAUGGAGGUGGCAUACGGGGACUGAUCCUGGUUGUGAUUCUGCAGGAGCUAGAGAAGGCAGUAGGACGUCCAUUGACUCAAUGCUUUGAUUGGAUGGCAGGCACAAGUACUGGUGGCAUUCUGACCUUGGCACUGGCUGCAGGUAAAAGUCUCAUGGAAUGCUUGUGCCUGUAUUUCCGAAUGAAGGAACACGCGUUCGUGGGCAGACGGCCUUACAACAGUGAACCGUUGGAAAACAUUCUUAAAGAAGUUCUUGGAACAGACACUGUGAUGACUGAUAUCAAACAUCCCAAAGUGAUCAUCACAGGGGUUCUGGCAGACCGCAAGCCUGCGCAACUCCACAUGUUCCGGAACUAUCGGUCACCUGGCAGUCUGUUAGGUGUGGAAGAGAUGGGCAUGUUUCAGCCCACAUUUAGCCCAGAAAAUCAGUUGUUGUGGCGAGCAGCUCGUGCCUCCGGUGCAGCCCCUUCGUACUUCAGGGCUUUUGGACGUUUCCUGGAUGGAGGUUUGAUAGCGAAUAACCCGACAAUGGAUGCAAUGACGGAGAUUCAUGAAUAUAACCUUGCUCUGGAAGCAACUGGGCGAUCUUCUGAGCGGUGUCCUGUUACUGUGGUGGUCUCUCUGGGAACAGGCCUGGUUCCAGUUACACAGCUCAAGGAGAUUGAUGUGUUCCGUCCAGAGAAUGUUUUGGACACGGCUCGACUUGCUUAUGGUAUAUCUACUAUUGGAAAGCUCUUGGUUGAUCAAGCCACAGCGAGUGAUGGACGGGUAGUAGAUCGUGCAAGGGCAUGGUGUUCCAUGGUUGGAGUGCCAUAUUAUCGUUUCACUCCACAGAUGUCAGAAGACAUGCCAAUGGAUGAAAGAAACGAUUCAAAACUGGUUAAUAUGCUGUGGGAGGCCAAAGCCUAUGUACAUUCUAAGCAGGUCAUGGUCAAAGAAGUGGCACUUUUUCUAAAUAGAGAAUAGGAGCAGAUUUCUUCUCUUCUUAGGUUGUCAACGUUGCGGUUGGUUGGCAGCAGCUUUCCACCGGUUCCUGACCUGUGUUAAUCUCUUCAGCUCCACAUACGAGCUGCCCUAUGUAGUCCAACCUAUGCCUGCCCCUACAUUUUCUUCACUCCACAGACCCUUCCGAGAUGAAAGCUGGCAAACACUCAUGCCUAAUGAUAUAUCCAAUCCAGUUGUUUAAUCUCUUCCUCAUGUGCUCUAUCAGACACGGUGUCUCUCUGAUCCUUCUCAAUACCUCCUCGUUACUCACUUUUUCUAUCCAGGGUAUUUUCAAAAUUCUUUGGUAGCACCAUAACUCGAAAGCUUUGACUCUUUUCUUUUCCGUCGCCCCGAGCGUCCAGGUCUUACUUCCGUAAAGGAACUCGCUGUACACAUAUGUCUUUAACAGAUGUUUCCUUAACUCCAUGUUAAUGCUAUUAGAUGUGAAGAGCUUCCCUUUCUUAUUGAAAGCUGUCUUUGCUUGGUUAACUCUGCUCACCAGGUCUCUUUUACUCCAUCCAUCAGAUGUUAUUUUGCUUCCUAAGUAUGUAAACUCUUUGACAUUCUCAAGAUGCCUUCCAUGUAGAGUCACCCCAGCCUGAGUACCUUGCCUACUUACCACAAGAGCACUUUUGUCUUAUCCUUAUUGAUUUUCAUAUUGUAUCUCGUUACAAGCCUGUUGUCCAUUUCCUCCACAAUUGCCGCCAGCUCCUCCUCACUCUCAGCUAGUAUUGCAAUAUCAUCAGCAAACCUGAGCAUAUCUAUCCCCUCUCCUUGGAUCUUCAUGCCUCCUCUCUGCCCUAAAUUUUCCCUCAUUUCAUGUAAAGCUUUCUGAAUAUACCCAGUGAAGAGUACAGGUGAGAGGGAGCACCAUUGUCUUACCCCCUGUCUGAUACAACAGAUUUAAUAUCUCUAAAUCAGUAUUUUGUU